UUAUAAACAACGCUCGACGGCUGCAGUUGCAAACGGAGAGCGCGAAAUCGACACGUGUAUAGCAUACCCAUAGGACCACCGUCAGCAUUAGUAAUUGCUUAUCACAGUGUGGCAGAUCCCUCAACAACUCGUGCCACCCCCCGCAAAUUGCCGGCUUACGUAAGCCAAUUGUAUUCGUUUUAGCUGAGAGAACAUCAAUCAAAAUACAAAAAAAAAAAAAACAUGCGGCUACUGGCCAGACACGCGAUUCGAUUGCUGGGUCAGGAGAAUCCCGCGGGCGAGGUGGCUUCAAUUUCGAGAGGAGCAAUCCGGCUGAAGGCCACAACCGGUUACCUCAAUCUGGCCACGGCAAGUGUUCAGCCAUUGGAGCCGGAGAAACAGGUGCAGAGAAAGAAUUCGCCACUCACGGAUUCCUUUGGCCGACAUCAUACCUAUUUGAGAAUUUCUCUAACGGAACGCUGCAACCUGCGAUGCGACUACUGCAUGCCCGCUGACGGCGUUCCGCUACAGCCCAAAAACAAACUCCUGACCACCGAGGAAAUCCUUCGUCUAGCUCGAAUUUUCGUGGAGCAGGGUGUACGAAAGAUCCGCUUGACCGGCGGAGAGCCCACUGUGCGCAGGGAUAUCGUGGAGAUUGUGGCACAAAUGAAAGCUCUACCCGAACUGGAGCAAGUCGGAAUUACCACCAAUGGCCUGGUGCUGACCCGCCUGCUGUUGCCGCUCCAGAGAGCUGGUCUGGAUAACCUGAACAUCAGUCUGGACACGCUGAAAAGGGAUCGCUUUGAGAAGAUCACAAGGCGAAAAGGAUGGGAGCGAGUGAUAGCCGGCAUUGAUUUAGCAGUCCAAUUGGGCUAUCGUCCCAAGGUGAACUGCGUCCUUAUGCGGGAUUUCAACGAGGAUGAAAUCUGCGAUUUCGUUGAGUUCACCAGGGAUCGUCCGGUAGAUGUGCGGUUCAUAGAGUACAUGCCUUUCUCCGGAAACAAGUGGCAUACAGAGAGGCUCAUUUCGUACAAAGAUACCCUGCAAAUCAUUCGACAAAGUUGGCCAGACUUCAAGGCCCUUCCCAAUGGACCCAAUGACACCUCUAAAGCCUAUGCUGUUCCGGGAUUCAAGGGUCAGGUCGGCUUCAUCACCUCCAUGACGGAACACUUUUGUGGAACCUGCAAUAGAUUGCGACUCACUGCGGAUGGCAACAUAAAGGUGUGCUUGUUUGGCAACAAAGAGUUCUCGUUGAGAGAUGCCAUGCGAGAUGAGAGUGUUAGCGAGGAACAGUUGGUGGAUCUCAUUGGAGCAGCAGUCCAGCGUAAGAAGAAACAGCAUGCAGAUGCUGCGCCAAGACUCCAUCAUCAUCUUCAUUCUUAUUCGUAUCACCACGCAUAUCAUUCUUCAAGGCUGCAGCUCCAGGCCCGAAAUUACAGCCGACUCACCCAUGUCGAUGGCCAGGGCAAGGCCCAAAUGGUGGAUGUGGGCGCAAAACCGUCGACCACAAGAUUAGCUCGUGCAGAGGCCACUGUCCAGGUGGGUGAGAAACUCACCCAACUUAUUUCUGACAAUCAAGUGGCCAAGGGAGAUGUUCUGACCGUAGCCCAGAUUGCUGGCAUAAUGGGCGCUAAGCGAACUGCCGAACUGAUACCUCUGUGUCACAACAUCAGCUUGUCCUCCGUUAAAGUGCAGGCCACUCUUCUCAAAACCGAACAAUCUGUGCGGCUGGAAGCAUCCGUUCGCUGCUCCGGCCAAACUGGAGUCGAGAUGGAGGCACUAACCGCAGUUUCAGUGGCCGCGUUAACUGUGUACGACAUGUGCAAGGCUGUUUCUCACGAUAUCUGCAUCACAAAUGUCCGCCUGCUAAGCAAAUCCGGCGGAAAAAGGGACUUCCAGAGGGAGGAGUCCAAAAAUGGAAUAGUUACAGAGGUCGAAUGAGGUGUUCCUCGACUGACCGGAUUAACCACGCUACGGGGAAUGGAAAAUAAACUACUGCUUACUUGAUUUAGCCACAAAUAUUAAAUUAAAAGACUUAUGAAGCAAGAAUACAUAAGUGUAAAAAUGUAAA